AAUAGUGUAAAAUCACAAAAGCUGGCAGGGAAUGUAAAGGGCUGGACUGUAACUGCAUAUAAUUUUAUAAUUUUUAGGAUAAACCAGAAAGCUUUGAUGAUUAUUAUAUGCUAGUCAUUACAGUUGCAUAAAAGUAUCAAAAAAUACAUUGUUUUGGUGGAUGGUGCUGAGUAUCCAGACGUGAGAGCUAUCUUUAUUUGUCAAAUCUGCACUCUUGGCAUUGCACAUGUAAACGAAUUAAAUAAUUCUGAGCUAUAAAUGAACUUAAUCCUCUUAUUUUAUAAUCGAUUUAUAAACAAUUAAUGCAAAGCCUUCCUGCUGUGUCUGCACAGAAGGUUGAAUAGAGAAGGUCUUUAACUAAAAGUUGUAGACAAUUGUACUGGGAACCUUGGGACACUAUGAAGUGGUCAUUUAAGAUGAGAAGCUGCCUGCUGGAUGUGGAGGAGCUAGAAGCUGUGUCAUAAAAUCAACAUCCAGAACUUAUUUUUAGUUGUCACAUUUCUUGGCUUUCAUUUCACUUAAUUAAAAGGACUUAGAGAAGCAUCCGCAACAUUCGUUUUCUUGUUUAAGGCAUCUGCAAAUCAAACAAAAAUAACAUACUUGUAUAUUUUGUUUGUUGAUUUUGGACUCUCUUGAGCAAUUGAAAAAAACAAUGUCCAGAUAACUUUAACUAAUCUGUAUUUAUAUCAGAAUUGGAGGUUUUAAGUUUUCCUUUUGUGAUUUUCUGUAAAUACUGAUAAAUUUAGAUUUUACUACAAGCAUCUGUUGUCAUUGCCUACAUAUGUAUUUUUGGCACUAGUUGUGGUAGUACCCUACUGUUAGUGUUUUUGUAAUAGGUAGUAUUACAGAGUAAGGUAUCUAAGAUUUCCUUUUAAAAUAUCAACACUUAUUGGUCAUGCGAACAUGUAGAUUUUACCUUUUUAUAUUGUAUAAGCAUAAAUCAUGUGGUUUUUUAACAUGUUUUUUUAAAUGCCUUUGAUGCAAGGUGGGAACUAACUAUGUUUAUAUUUAUUAUUUCGAUUUUAGAUCAUCAAAUCUGAAUGCUCCAAAUUCUUUUUUAUCAAUCAUAUUCCUAAACCUCCUCCCAUUGAAGUAAAUGGAAAAUUUUCAUUUAGUUAAAAAAAAAAAUUAGAUUGUGUUUGAUUAGGGAUAAUUUAUAUAUUAUGCUAAAAAUAUAAUUUAAAACAUGUUUUGUAAUAGACCAGUCACCGGUUUGAACUGUUUACUUGUACUGUUAUAUCCUUUUCCUGUUUUUCUAGGUCUAAUAACUGGAAGUUGAAGCUAGACAAACUUAAACUGUAAAGAAGUGCAAAUUUUUACACUGAAAGUAAUUGGAAAGGGGCAGCAGACUUGCGACAAAGAAAGAAGCAAAAUUGCACAGAAACUGACAAAAUGGCUCCAGAUGAGAGAAACAAAGAAAACUCAAACCUGGGAAGAUCCCCAAAAUAUGUCUUAUUUCAACGUUUUGCAAAGCUUUUCUUUGGCUGUGUCGCAGCUGUCACUAGUGGGAUGAUGUAUGCAGUAUAUCUCUCAACAUACCAUGAACGGAAAUUCUGGUUUUCCAGCAGGCAGGAACUUGAAAGAGAAAUUACAUUUCAGGGUGACAGUGCCAUUUAUUACUCAUUUUAUAAAGAACUGCUAAAGGCUCCUUCCUUUGAAAGAGGUGUUUAUGAGCUGACACACAACAAUAAAACAAUCUCUCUGAGGACUUUAAAUGCAGUGCAGCAAAUGACUUUGUAUCCCGAAUUGAUUGCCAGUGUAUUAUAUCAAGCAUCUGGUAGUGAAGAGGUUAUCGAGCCAAUGUAUUUCUACAUUGGUAUAGUUUUUGGACUGCAGGGCAUUUAUAUGGCUGCAUUGUUUGUAACCAGUUGGGUUAUGAGUGGAACUUGGUUGGCUGGAAUGCUGACUGUAGCAUGGUUCAUUAUUAACAGGACAGAUACAACAAGAAUCGACUACUCCAUUCCUUUAAGGGAAAAUUGGGCAUUGCCAUAUUUUGCAUGUCAAGUUGCAGCUCUUACAGGCUAUUUAAAAAACAACAUAAAUUCUUCUGCUGAGAGGUUUUGCUACCUUUUGGUGAGUGCUUCAACAUAUACGUUCAUGAUGAUGUGGGAGUACAGUCACUAUCUGCUGUUUGUUCAGGCUGUCUCUCUCUUCCUGCUGGACAGCUUUGCUCUUGUGCAGACAGAUAAGGUGCAUGAAGUGUACAAAAUCUAUCUGUUCUCUCUCUUCCUGGGAUAUCUCUUACAGUUUGAAAAUCCAGCUUUAUUAGUAUCUCCAUUACUAAGCCUUGUAGCAGCUUUAAUGCUUUCUAAAUGCCUUCAGAUGAAUAUGAAAAAGGGCACAUUUAUUUCAAGGAUGCUAAAAAUAAUGUACUUUUACUUGGUAUUUACGCUAACAGUGACAAUGAAUUUCUUACUGAAGACAUUUAUUCCCCAUAAAGAAAAUGAGCAUGUGUUGAAUUUCCUUGAAGUAAAAUUUGGAUUAAACACAACAAAGAACUUUACAGUGAACUGGCUUCUUUGUCAAGAAUCCCUUCAGAUGCCAUCUCAAGACUUUUUUUUGCGGUUAACUCAGUCAUCUUUAUUGCCUUUCUAUGUUUUAGUAUUAACUAUCUGCCUUUCUUCUGUAACUCAAGUCAUUUUUAGGAGAAUUAGAGGUGAACCACUGAAAGAAAAAAUUACGUUUGAUGGCCAAAUUGGAGAGAGGCCAGAAAUAGCUUACCAUGUAAUCCACACAUUGUUAAUGGGCUCUCUUGCAAUGAUGUUGGAAGGUAUGAAGUACCUGUGGACUCCACAUGUGUGUAUGCUUGCUGCAUUUGGUGUAUGCUCUCCUGAGCUUUGGAUGACCCUUUUCAAGUGGCUUCGACUGAAAGCUGUACACCCAGUAUUGUUGGCUCUCAUUCUGAGUAUGGCAGUUCCGAGUAUAAUAGGUUUCAGCUUGUGGAAAGAGUAUUUUCCAAGGAUAAUGGCAGAGCUUUCAGAACUGCAAGAAUUAUAUGAUUCAGAUACAGUAGAACUCAUGAUGUGGAUAAAAAGACAAGCUCCUGUUGCUGCUGUGUUUGCUGGAAGCCCACAGCUAAUGGGUGUGAUUAAGCUGUGUACUGGGUGGACGGUGACAAGUCUACCUUUAUAUAAUGAUUAUAAUCUUCUACAAAGAAAUGAGAAUAUUUAUCAGAUGUAUUCAAAAAGGUCUGCUGAGGAUAUUUAUAAGAUACUCACAUCCUACAAAGCCACCUACCUAAUUAUAGAGGAUUCAAUUUGCAAUGAGGUUGGACCUGUGAAAGGAUGUAGAGUUAAAGACUUAUUGGAUAUUGCUAAUGGUCAUGUGGUUUGUGACGAAGGUGACAGUUAUGCCUAUUCUAAAUAUGGACGAUUUUGUCAUGAGAUCAAAAUGAACUAUUCUCCAUAUGUGAAUUAUUUUACUCGGGUAUACUGGAACAGAUCCUACUUUGUGUAUAAAAUAAACACUGUGAUAUCCUUCCAAUCUUGAAAAACCAUGGAGAUGUCUUUUUGAAGAGUGACCGUGUAGGAAUUAAUAGAAGGAGUUCUUAUUUUCCAAAGUGACUUUUUGCAGAGAGAAGUGGGAGCAUGCCAAAUGCUCAUGCUGUUGGUCUUCCAAACUGGAAUUCUGUGGACUACAGCUCUACAAGCAAGAGUAUCGUCGUCUAAGGAAAUGUGAGCACUAGUCAAUUUUACAGUCUCUACAAAGUAUGACCAUCUGCCGUAAUUCUUACAUUUUUCUUCACAGUUUUUCCCAUUUUGAAUCAUACUAAUUUUCAUGUAAAUAAAAUGUCUAG